ACAGCAAACACAUGUUCAAAUUCCCAACGUCUCCGGCGAAGAUAAGCGAGAACAGGUUCUUAGGAAGUCUUACAAGUUCUUCGAUCAGAAAUUUGCUUCCCAGAUCCAUCUCCGCGAAGCAGAAACCAAUCCAAAAUCCAGAAACUAAGAUUCCCAGAUCCAACGACGAGAACGCGAUUCCUGCAAUUGCAUAUUCAAACAUACAGGACGAUGAUCAUCACAGUGCUCUUCAGUUCACGAAGCAAUCUUCGCAGAAACUGUUCCCCUCUGCGACCCAGAUUCCGCGAUCUGACACCAAGGAUGGUGACAUUGUAGCAAAUUUCGGAGAGCCGAUCGAGGAAAAGAAAACGGGACCAAACACUUUUUCGCAAGACAAGCAAACUCUUGCGGAUUCACCAUUGAAGGUUGAAACCAGGAGUAUACUGUCUCGAAGAACCUACUCAGUGCCUAGUGAAAUCACAGAGGAAGAUGACCCACUGGGUGAUCAGAUUCGAGAACUAAAGGACGAACUCAUUAGAACAAAAUCUGAUGGGUACAAACCUGAUAAAAGUAAGAGUGGCUACUUUGCGCGUGACAGUUUGAGCCAACUGAGAGUCAGCAUCAACAAAUCUUUACUCAUGUCGUGCCCGAGAAAAGAUGAAUCCGAAGAGCAAGAGAUGAAUGCGGAUCGUGAUGAUGAUGUGCUGGAACUGAAUAAACAUAUCGAGAAGUUUCAUGGCUCUUACGACUCUCUUCACUCCUCAUUUGCAAGUGUUUCAUGCUGUGAAGCAGACUCGAUGAGUGAGGACGAUAUCUGCUCAGAAGACUUGGAGAAACCGAAGCAUGGAAACCAUCAAGAUUUUGACUUUGAAGAUGAUGAUCCAAGCCAUCUCGUCAAUGUUGGAUUCGAAAAUGCGGCUAGUGUCUUCUCAGUCAGUUCAAAGCUUCCUUCAUGCAUACUAGAAGAGCCAGUUUUCUCGGAAUCUCCAAAAAUUAAGAAUUUACAAAAGAGCGUGGCUGCGUCGACAAAGUUUCUAUCAAGUCCUAGGAAUGUGUCUGGUAGCUCCAACAUGAAAGUCGAUCAAGUUAGCCCUUCUCUGUCAAAGAAGCUUUCAGGUCCUACAGAUUCUCUAGCCGCCAGUCUUCAGAGAGGACUGCAAGUUAUAGACUAUCAUCAACGGAGCUCACUAUCAAAAAGUUCCUCUGUUUCCUUCUCUUUUGGCCAUCUUGCACUGAAACCUUGCGCAGAAGCUGAUAACCUUGAUGCUUCAGUUCAAUCGUUAAGGAAAGAUAAACCUUCAGAAGGUGGACUGUCGUCGAUUCUCCUAUGCCUUUCAUGCAGAAAGAAAGUUGACCAGGAAGCUGAAGCUACGGAAGAGGCUUGUUCGAACGACAAACAUCUCAAGAACAUGUGCAUGGAGCAAGCAACCAAAAUCGAGGAGCUAACACGCCUGCUUAGGAAAUCUGGUGACGGAGAAGAUGGAACAGAGGUCAUCAAAGAAACAUAUGAGACAAAACAAGUUAGCGAAGAGUCUGGAAAGAAAAGCUUUGAUGUAAGCGAAAAGGAAGCUCUUCUAAAGGAGAUUGCAGAGCUAAAGAGCAAGCUGCAGCCUACUAAGUCUGCAGAGAAUCUGAGAUCCUCCUUGCCGCUACGAUCCAUUCAAAUGCGCAAAAGCAUUGAUGUUACUAAGAACGCUGAGAACAGUGAAAUCCUAGAGAAAGAAAGGGAGAUGUGGACAGAAAUGGAGAGUGAGUGGAUCUCUUUAACAGAUGAUCUCAGGAUGGAUAUCGACAACCAUCGCAGGCGCGCAGAGAAUCUAGAGAUUGAGCUCAAUCAAGAGAAGUUGGCCACAGAGGAGUUGAAUGACGCGCUGACUCGAGCUGUGCUUGGCCACAGCAGAUUCAUAGAGCAGUACACAGAGCUGCAGGAGAAGUACAAUGAACUAGGGGAGAAGCACUGUGUGAUGAUGGCUGGAAUAACAGAUGUGAAGAAGGCAGCAUCCAAGGCCGCAAUGAACGGUCGCCAUGGAAAGCGUUUUGCCAAAGCCUUUUCAGCUGAACUUUCUGCUAUCAGAGCCGAGAAGGAGAAAGAGAGAGAGCUAUUGAAGAAGGAGAAUAAGAGCUUAAGAACUCAGCUGCGAGAUACAGCUGAAGCCGUCCAAGCUGCUGGUGAACUACUCGUCAGACUUAGAGAAUCUGAACAAGCCUUACAAGUCACUGAGGAACGAUUCAGCGAGGUGGAAGAAGAGAAAGAGAGGCUGAAGAAGCAAAUGGAACAGCUAAAGAGCAAACACAAGACAGAAAUAGGGACAAUGAAGCAAUACUUAGCAGAGAGUAAAUUACCAGGAUCAGCAUUGUUGCAGCCAUGGUACAAGGAUGAGCAGGACGAAGAAGAACAAAUAUCAUCAGACCAUGGAACCGGAGCUGUCAGUUUUGAUGACUAUGAGGAUGAUCAGGCUUGGAGAGCAGAAUUAGGUAGAGACCGAAAAGUACCUUCGGGCUUCGAGUUCUUAGCUAUGGCGGCCGACGAUUCUUCAAAUGCUAUAAACAUGGACGGGAAUCUCGACCCCAAAGCGAACCUUCACUCUGACGGUGACGAUGCGACCAAUAAUGAUUCCUCAAAGGCAUUGGCUAUCCCUGCUCCCGCCGUUUGUUUUUUCCGGUUCGCCGGAGAUGCAGCUGGUGGCGCCGUCAUGGGCUCUAUCUUCGGAUAUGGUUCAGGAUUGUUCAAGAAGAAAGGCUUUAAAGGAUCAUUUGCGGAUGCAGGGCAAUCUGCAAAGACUUUCGCUGUUUUAUCUGGAAUACACACUUUGGUUGUUUGCCUUCUGAAGCAACUGCGUGGCAAAGAUGACGCCAUUAAUGUUGGAGUUGCUGGGUGCUGCACCGGUCUUGCUCUUAGUUUCCCUGGUGCUCCACAGGCUAUGCUACAGAGUUGUCUAACUUUUGGGGCUUUCUCUUUUAUCCUUGAGGGACUCAACAAGAGACAAACAGCUUUGGCUCACUCGGUCUCCUUGAGGCACCAAACCGGAAACAUUCAAGAUCAUCAUCGUCCUUUGCCACUCUCUCUUGCUCUCCCGAUCCAUGAAGAAAUCAAAGGAGCCUUCUCUUCUUUCUGCAAGUCCUUAGCUAAACCCAAGAAGAUUUAAUUUUCCCUGAUUCUCCUUUUCUUGUGCCUUAGGCUCUCUCUGUAGAUGUUUAAUUUUCACGCUUUUGCUGUACUUUGCGAGAGAGGUUUUAUGACAAGGCUUUUUGCACGAGACAAUUUGAAGAAGAUGAAAAAGAUUUGUGUACCUUUUGCUCUGUUAAUCCGAUCUUCUUCUUAGAAUUUUUACUACUUUUAUAAGAACGCAACACAACAAACAAACAAAAAUACUCAAAGCGAAAUGUAAACUAAAGAAGUGCUUGUGUUCUGUUUAGGGAGAUUUAUCAUAAUCUGAUGAACCUGAAAAUCACUUGCCUUGUUUCUGCCUGAGACGUUCUUUGACAAAAUCAUUCCGGGCUUUAGUGCGAGCUUGCUGAGGAGCAACGUUGAUAUACGACAGAUGCAUUCCAAUGGCGAAUAGAGCUGCCCCUGAGGCGAAAAACGCUACUGUCAUCGCCACUCUUUUGGGUGAUGAUGGAUAGCAAAACGACAUCCUCAAUGCUAAGCCUGAUGGAAUCAAACUCUUGCUUUGCUACAAUAUUCAAGCUUUCUGUUUUCUAGUUUUUUACCAUUCGAGGGAAAGCCUUGAGCGAGCUUCAGUCACACACAAUACGAGGAUUGGAAAAUUUUGACACAGCAAUGAUCUCUCAUGUUUGAAG